AUGAACUACUACGCUAAAACACAACUCCUCGCCAACUGGCAACGACACUACCCACCCCCAGAGUACUACCCCCACCCACUCUCCAUCACCCCGCUCCCCUUCAACGACCUCCACAAAUUCAUCGCAGCCCGCAUCCACCAGUUCAGAUCAGGAAAGAGCUAUCUACAAGCCCAAACAACCUGGAUGACUACCCACCUCCCCUCAACGUGCGACCGCUGUAAUACAGCAGAAGAGACAACAGAACACACCAUCCUUCACUGUCCUACACUCGCCCCAAAUAGGGACGAACUGCUCCAAUCCGUCACGUCACUAAAUGAUAUCUGGAAUGACCAGAACCUCACGAUAGCACUAGGCACCUUCAUAGCAGCUAAAAGGGUCGGAUACCCCAGAAGCGUCCACCCCUCGCCCCUCGCCACUGGCUCAACGACCAUGUCGACCCUCACAUCGAGACCCACCACAUUCUCUUCGCCCUCACUGACGGGGCCAAUCCCCGCAAUCUAUGCCUCAUAA